GGAAUGUGGUCAGGAGCCGGGGAGGAAGAAGCCAUAGCCUACUGUACAGUAUAUACACUGUUCUAUACGUCUUAAGAAGAGAUCAUGCUGGACCUACUGGAGAACCUUCCUCACAGAGACUUUUUAGAAAACUGUAAUAAUUUACUACAUCACGACUGCACCUGCAACCCAGAAGAACCCCAUUCUAAUUCUGAAGAGGAACAGCAUGACAGAAAUGUUUUCCCAAAUAUUCACUACAAAAGCCCGACCUAUCCUAACUGUGAUCUAGACUGGAAACCUUGCAUCCGAUGGCUGCCUUCACCUCGAUAUUCAGACGCUCCUCUGCCUCAUAUAAAGGACGUUAAAUUCCCAGAACGAAUUAGACUUCAACGAUCAUAUCCAAAAAGCAGCCUCAAUGUUGGAACUGAAUGGAGUUUUUAUCCGAACGACGGAUGCCCAUUUACUUACCAUGUUGGCAAGAGAUGUAUCAUUGGUGAUGUUCACAGGAGCAGCCAGGUGGACUCGCAUGUUCACACACUUCCAAUGAGCAUUGGAAAGAAGAAGAAAGUUUUCGAUCCUCGAAAUGGAAUCCCCGAGGCUCAUCCUGGUGAUAAACCUUUCCGCACAGUAGAAUACAGUCCCGGUUUUCACAUGCUUGGAUCUACGAUGCCGGUGGUAAAUUUUAGGGAAUCCUAUAAAAUUAAAGCUGAUACAUUCAUUCCUCUUCAAAAAUUGUCCAAGAGACCACGUGUUCCAUACAAAGUCAUGAUCCACAAGCAAAACCUGGAAGAAGAGAAGAAAGAUGUGCAAGAACUGAAUAGAUGGAAACCAGCCAAGCGCUUCUUUCUCUUUGAAUUACCCAGAAAUGGACAAAAAUAAAAAUUUAAGAAAAUGCAAUUGAAACAAUCUGCAGAAAUGUGCAAGGUCCUCUUGUCUCAGCUUAUUCAUCCAUUACAUGUGCUUCUUGUGUGAGACAUCAACCCUCAAGCUUGGUGAAUUUUAGAAAGGAAAUUUAUAAAUCGCUUAUAUUGUUUUAUUUCGGCUGUGUCGUGUGAUGCAUCAUUUCCACUUUGGGAGA